AUGAUCGAGAGUGUAUCUCGUCGUGCGUUCAGCAGUUCUAGCGGCACCUACAACGUUCGUGCCUCGGAACUGGCCCGCGAACGAAAGCUUAAUAUCUUCAAUGUCACCGUCGUGUUUUUGGACGAUACCCAGCAAUUAUUUCAGAUCGAGAAAAAAGCCAAGGGAAGUGUGCUAUUAGAACAUGUUUUUCAAAACCUUGAGUUGGUUGAAAAGGAUUACUUUGGCUUGCAAUUCACUGAAAAUGGUUUACCACCCAAUGCUACAAAUACAGAGUUAACACGUUGGCUUGAUAGUGGCAAAUCAGUGAAAAAGCAAGUUGGUGUUAAUCCGCACUUCUGGCUGGCCGUACGCUUCUACCCUCCUGAACCGAGUCGGUUAGCUGAAGAAUACACGAGAUAUCUUCUUUGUCUCCAACUAAGGAAACUACUUCUUGAUGGAAGAAUGAUAGCUCCGAAGAAUACAGCGCUUCUACUAGCUUCAUUUACAGUACAAGCCGAACUCGGUGAUUAUAAUGCAACCGAGCAUCAGAACAAUUAUCUGUCCGAGCUAUGCCUGUUACCCAAGCAGACCCCUGAAGAUGAGAGACGUAUUAAAGAACUACACAAGCUUCAUAAAGGUCAAUCACCCGCUGAUGCUGAAGCUAACUUUCUGGAACACGCGAAACGAUUGGACUGUUACGGCGUUGAAUCACAUCCCGCUAAGGAUUACAAUGGGAAGGACAUAUUGAUUGGCGUCACGUCAAUCGGCAUCGUCGUUUUUCAGAACAACAUACGAGUCAACACAUUCUCUUGGAGCAAAAUUGUUAAAAUAUCGUUCAAGAAGAAACAGUUCUUUAUACAGUUGAAGCGAGAAGCUUCUGAAUCGUACGACACCGUGUUGGGUUUCAACAUGCGUUCUAGUCGUGCGUCGAAGGCCCUCUGGCGGUGUAGUGUGGAGCGUCACGGGUUCUUCCGUCUGCGAGCCCCGCGCCGCAAGGCCUUCCUGGGGGCCUGGGGGGCCCUCGCCGGGGUCACCGCCCCCGCUGUCAUAAGGACCGAGACUCAGGCCUUAGAAGACGCUAAACGAUCACGAUCUAUUAACAGAAGUUUUGUACGUCGCAGUAGUUCCCGUAACCGUGACAAAUCAUCCGGGGCUUCCCCCGGCGUAGUGAGCAGCGCCCGGGGGUCACGCGUCACUGGUCACGACGAGCCCCCACCACGAGAGGCCUGGGGAGACGAAGUACACAAUAACGAAGACGAUAGCGACGGCGGCUUCCUAGAGCGUGUGUUCCGCGUGCCGUUAACGUAUGUGGACGAGUCGGAGUCGGAGUCUGCGACUGAGCGGGGGGAGGAGGAGGCGGGUGAGGGGGCGGUGUGUGUGAGGCUGCAGCCCGGGGGGGACGGGAGAUACGGGUUCAACGUGAGGGGCGGAGGGGGGGGCGCGGCUGUACUAGUGUCCAGGGUCAUGCCGAGGACGAGGGCCCACCUGCAGGAAGGAGAUCAGGUCAUAUCAAUAAACGGUACUGACGUAGACGAAAUGACCCACGAGCAAGUGGUUCAGACGAUAAGAAAUACAAAGGGAGUUCUAACGUUAAUGGUUAAACCGAACGCUGUAUACGAGCCAGAAGUGUGUGUGGAGGAGCCGGCCGCGUGCUUCGUGCCGCUCGGCGCCGGCACCUUCGAGGGUGAUUUGCAGCAGUCCAUGCUGCUGUUAGGAGACGGGCUGGCUUCUGGAGCAGCACUGCGGCAGUACGACGCGCUGCUGAGACGAGCGGCAGACAGACCCGCAGCCGCCGCACGACUACCUGCCAACCUGGCGAAAAACCGAUAUAGAGAUAUAGCUCCAUAUGAUUCAAGUCGUGUGAUAUUAAAGAACGGUCCGAACGGCGACUACAUCAACGCUUCAUACAUCAACAUGGAAAUACCUAACUCUGACUUAGUUCUGACAUACAUCGCAACUCAAGGUCCGCUCGCGUCAACGGUUGGUGACUUCUGGCAAAUGGUUUGGGAGAGUGAAAGCAGUUUGGUUGUCAUGUUGACGGUACUAGUGGAGAGAGGGCGGGCCAAGUGUCACCAGUACUGGCCUAAAGUAGGGACCACGCUUAAAGCGACCAACUCAUUGACAGUGGUCACCAACAGUGAACAGAACUUAGGACAUUAUACACAGAGGGAGAUGAGUUUGAAGGAUAGUAACGGCGCCAGUCGUGACGUCACUCAGCUCCAGUACACCGCGUGGCCCGACCACGGAGUACCCGACGACCAUCAGCAGUUCAUAAGCUUCGUGAGGCUGUGCUCGCAGCUGAGGAACCAUCGAGCCGUAAUACCUACGGUAGUUGAAGAAAUCUGUGGUCCGGAGAGAGUGUUGGAGCCGCCGAUGAUAGUGCAUUGUUCAGCGGGCGUGGGGCGGACCGGGGCACUUAUACUGGCGGAAACAGCGCUAGAACUAUUGGCAAGAAGACAACCUCUAUACCCGCUUGACUUAGUCAGAACCAUGCGUACACAGAGACCCAUGUGUAUACAAAAUGCGAGUCAAUAUAAGUUCGUAUGUGAGAGCAUUCAAUCUGCGUACGCGCAGGGUCUGACGGACGAAGAUGGGGCCAAUUGA